AAGUGGCAUUGUGGGACUGGUAGUCCUGCGGUUUCGGGGGGUGGCGGCAGCUGGCGCCCGUGGACGCCUGAUGCGGGUGCAGUGGGGGCAAGCCGUGGGGAAAGGAAGGGCAGCGUCGGUGAGAGCGUCCUUUCUUCCUGGAGGUACCGUAUCGCGAGAGCAGCCAUCUGAGGGGUCGGGGCCUGCACUACACUUCCCAGGAGGCCGCGCGCGGCGGGCAGGUCACGUGACGGGAGCGCGGGCUUUGGAAGGCGGCGGAGCGAGAGGCGACCCGCGGCCAAAGUGAGAGGGAGACGGACUUAGGACGGCCCGCCCUGGGCAACACCGGACCGAGCGCUAGCUGCCGAGGCCUCGUGCCCCAAGGGCCAGCCAUCCCUCCUCUGGAUUGCCAUGGGAAUUCAAGGUCUGGCCAAACUAAUUGCUGAUGUGGCCCCCAGUGCCAUCCGAGAGAAUGACAUCAAGAGCUACUUUGGCCGCAAGGUGGCCAUUGAUGCCUCCAUGAGCAUCUAUCAGUUCCUGAUUGCUGUUCGCCAGGGUGGGGAUGUGCUGCAGAACGAGGAGGGCGAGACUACCAGCCAUCUGAUGGGCAUGUUCUACCGCACCAUCCGCAUGAUGGAAAAUGGAAUCAAGCCCGUGUACGUCUUCGAUGGCAAGCCACCCCAGCUCAAGUCAGGCGAGCUGGCCAAACGCAGCGAGCGGCGGGCGGAGGCUGAGAAGCAGCUGCAGCAAGCUCAGGCCGCCGGGGCCGAGCUGGAGGUGGAAAAGUUCACGAAGCGGCUGGUGAAGGUCACCAAGCAGCACAACGACGAGUGCAAGCAUCUGCUGAGCCUCAUGGGCAUCCCGUACCUUGAUGCGCCCAGCGAGGCAGAGGCCAGCUGUGCUGCCCUGGUGAAGGCCGGCAAAGUCUACGCUGCGGCCACCGAGGACAUGGACUGCCUCACUUUCGGCAGCCCAGUGCUGAUGCGACACCUGACGGCCAGUGAGGCCAAGAAGCUGCCCAUCCAGGAAUUCCACCUGAGCCGGAUUCUGCAGGAGCUGGGCCUGACCCAGGAACAGUUUGUGGAUUUGUGCAUCCUGCUGGGCAGCGACUACUGCGAGAGCAUCCGGGGCAUCGGGCCCAAGCGGGCCGUGGACCUCAUCCAGAAGCACAAGAGCAUUGAGGAGAUCGUGCGGCGGCUGGACCCCAGCAAGUACCCCGUGCCGGAAAACUGGCUCCACAAGGAGGCCCAGCAGCUCUUCCUGGAGCCCGAGGUGCUGGACCCCGAGUCUGUGGAGCUGAAGUGGAGUGAGCCCAACGAAGAAGAGCUGGUCAAGUUCAUGUGCGGCGAAAAGCAGUUCUCUGAGGAGCGAAUCCGCAGUGGAGUCAAGAGGCUGAGCAAGAGCCGCCAGGGCAGCACCCAGGGCCGCCUGGAUGAUUUCUUCAAGGUGACCGGCUCUCUGUCUUCAGCUAAGCGCAAGGAGCCCGAACCCAAGGGGUCUGCUAAGAAGAAGGCAAAGACUGGGGCAGCAGGGAAGUUCAAAAGGGGAAAAUAAAUGUGUUUCCCCAUCAUACCUCCUUGGCCCUGGGUCGGCCACCUGCCUUACUGCACUCUUGGCAGCCAGCUCCAGGGGUGGGGAGAGGAUUCCGCAGCCUUUCCCAGCAGUGCUUUUCCCUUUUGUGCUUGAUCUUCAUGGCAGGAAGGUCACUGAGGUACUUUGUUUUCUUUUUAGCUCAGGAAAAUAUGUCAGGAUUCUCAGGCAGUUGAGCGGACACCGAGUCCAUUGUUACGUGAAAGUGAUAGUAAUGAGUUCUGGAGAAGGGAGAGAGGGAGAUAAAUGGUGGAGACAGAAGACUCUCCAGAAAUAAUUUGCUGGCUGGUGGGAGGGGAUGGUGGGCCGGGACUGUGAUUCUCUAAUUCAGUCUUGACGCACCCUGAGAGCCAUCACGAAGGCCCAGUCUUGGCAGAUGAGGGUUAAGAUUGGCUGGAGUUGGCAGCGGGGUCUGAUUACUGGCUGUGUCUGGGGGUGGGCAGAAAACUGGAACUUGCUAUGUAAUUUGAGUCUUUACAGUGGUUAUUCCAAGGAGUCAUGGUGACAUUCAUCUGACAGUCAACUAAAUUGAGACUUUGGGAUUAGACACUGGUUUUCAUGUGCUGUUUUUGUUUUAAAGUUAUGAAGAAAAAAAAAGUCAAUAAAAUUAUAAAAGUAA